UUCUACUGUAUUAAAAGUUUUCAAUGUGGUGAGAGAAUAUUUCAUCUACCGAGAAUCUUACGAUCUUACGAUCAAAUCUGUCCGUUAGGAUGCAACAAUAACGUACAAAAAAAAAAAUAGUAAAAGCGAUAUCGAUAUGGCUAGUCAAGUAAAUAAAAUUGUGUAUAUAUAUAUAAUUACCUUGGAACGGGUUUUAAAUCUUCAUUCUUUCAACAUCACUACUUAAAUCAUCAAUAUGGAAAAUCCAAAAGAUGAGAUGCAGACUGCAUCCAACUCUUCACAAGACAAAAUGUCUUCUUUAGAUCACCCACAUGAACACGAUAAUGACCACCAUUCCCAUCACUCCCACCAUGACGAGCACUUCGUUUACGAUCCAAACGCAUGGUACAAUAGGAAACUCUUUGGAUUUCUUCCAGCUUAUUCCAAUGCUUCUUUCCAAAUUGUAAUGCUUGCCAUUGUCAUCUUUUUGACUCCUGGUAUGUAUAAUGCGCUCACUGGUCUUGGUGGAUCUGGUAUCAGUGAUAAAAAGACAGCUGAUAAUGCUUCGGUAGCUCUUUACUCCACCUUUGCCACUAUUGGGUUCUUUGGUGGUACCAUUUGUAAUAUUGCAGGUCCGAGAUUCUGUCUUUGUUUGGGUGGCUCUGGUUAUCUUCUCUAUGCUGGUUCUUUACUUUCUUAUCAACACAAUCAAAAUAAAGGAUUUGUGAUCUUCGCUGGUGCUUAUUUAGGUGUAUGUGCUGGUUGUCUUUGGGCAGCUCAAGGUGCAAUCGUCUUAUCGUAUCCAACUGAAGAUAGAAAGGGUACCGCUAUUAUGAUUUUCUGGGUCAUCUUCAAUUUAGGUGCAGUCAUUGGUUCUAUUAUUCCUUUGGCUGCAAACAUGGAAAAUAAAAGUGGUGAUGCUACUGAUAGUACAUUUAUUGCGUUUAUGGUUUUAAUGGGUGUUGGUGCAUGUGUAGCCUUAUUAUUAUUACCCAUUGAUAAAGUCGUCAAGUCUAAUGGCCAUAGAGUUAAAAGACAACAUUAUCCAAAUUGGAGAUUAGAACUUAUGUCCCUUUUCAAGUUGGCCUACAGUCAACCAAUUAUCUUUUUGAUGUUCCCAAUGUUCUUCUCCUCCAAUUGGUUUUAUACCUAUCAAUUUAAUGCGGUCAAUGCUGAUCGUUUCACUCUUAGAACUCGUUCUUUGAACUCCCUUUUAUAUUGGGCUUUCCAAAUGGUUGGAGCUGUAAUUAUUGGUACAAUUCUUGAUUUGAAAUAUUUCAAGAGAAAUGUUCGUGCCAAAAUUGGUUGGGUAAUUGUUUUUGUUCUUGGAAUGGCAAUUUUUGGUGGUGGUCUCAAGUUUCAACAAGGUGUUACCAGAGACAAUGUAAAGGACACUAAACUUAUUGAUUUCAAGGAUGGACACUACGUUGGUCCUAUGUUCCUUUACAUCUUUUACGGUCUUUAUGACUCCAUGUAUCAAUCAUAUAUUUUGUGGUGUCUUGGUGCCAUGAGUAAUGAUGCACAAACGGUUGCCUUAUAUGCUGGGUUCUACAAAGGUAUCCAAUCUGCUGGUUGUGCCAUUGCAUGGAGAACCGAUGCACUUGAAAUCUCGUUCAUGGAUAUGUUCAUCUCAUCUUGGGCAUUACCUAGUGGAUCUUUAAUUAUUGCUGCCCCAUUACUUUUAUUUAGAAUCACUGACCAUACCGAAGAUUCUUCCGAUGAAGAUGAUGGAGAAGUGAGAUCCAUUCACAGCAGUCUUAAGGCAGCUUCAGAACAUAUCGCUUAA